UGUCCAAAGAAAAAGACCAGAUGCUUCGGUAAUGAAUUCCGUCCAAGGGGAGAAUACGAGGGCAGUAUGCUACUAAGGAGAAAUACAAAGUUUCUUUUACUCACAAUGUGACAAAAUAGAAUCAAACUUUUGGUGUCAUUGAUAGCAACGACCAUUCCACACAUACUUUAAGUCCACAAUUUGGACUACUGGAAGAGAUGAAAGAUGAAAACAAAGAUGAGGGGCUAGUAAAAGAGAACAACUAGCAUCAUUAUUAGUUGCUAUAAUUCAAGAUAUGUCUGGUGAAAUCGAAGAGAUUGAAGAAGAUAUCAAUAGUACAAUAAGCAACAUAGAUGCAGCAGAAAUUAAUGAUAUUUAUGUAGCUGUUGGGAAAAAUGACUUGCAUGUUCUUCAGUGGGCACUUGAUUAUGCCAUUUGCCCAGAAUUUCGCAUCUGCCUUGUGCACAUUUUUCCUCCCAUUAACUACAUCCCUACUCCAGUUGGGAAGUUAAAAAGAAGCCAAUUGAGCCAAGAGCAGGUGCAAAUCUACGAGAAUGAAGAGAAUAACAAGAGGAAGAAUGUCUUGGAGAAAUACAUCCGCCUAUGCAAUGAUGCCAAAGUGCCAGUUGAUACUAUGCUUGUGGAGAGUAAUUCAACAGCUAAUGCAUUACUUGAGUUAAUUCCUAUUGUCAACAUUACCAGUCUAGUCGUUGGAUCUAAACAAGCUCUUUCCGCAAGGCGAGUGAGGAAGGGACAAGGUAAAGGAGAAUACGUUAAAAAGAAUGCCCCUGAAUUCUGCGAGGUUAAAGUAGUUAAUUCUGAAGAGAAAGGGAAGAAUAAUGGCCAAGUGCAGAAGCUAAAAGAGACUUGUAAUCCUCCCUCCAUUGCAAGACAUUCUGAAAUGAAUUUCCUUGAAUGCAUAUGCUUUUCGGGCAAGUUCUAUUGAAAUGUUGGAAGUAAAAAUAUAAACAUUAUUUAAACAUGUAGAAAUUUGUGCCAUGUAUUAGAAAUUGUGAUAUGCAACUGAACUUGGUAGUAGACUGAUAUUUCAAUGUAAGGUUCAAUAUUUUAACACCUUAUAAAUUCAUCAAAUUCCAAUGAA